AUGGAUUUUAUUGAGACAUUCCCAUAUAUGAUCAAGUAUAAGAAAGGUAAAGAGAAUGUAGUUGCUGAUGUAUUAUCCCGAAGGUAUGCUUUGCUUAAUACUUUUAAUUCUAAAUUAUUGGGUUUUGGGUUUAUUAAUAAGUUGUAUUUGAAUUAUGACUUUGGUAAUGUGUUUAAUACUUGUGCUAAUGGGACUGCCUUUAAUGAUUUCUAUGUAUUUGAUGGAUAUCUUUACAAAAAGAAUCGCCUAUGCAUUUCUAGUUGUUCUUUGCAUGAGAUACUUGUUAAAGAGGCACAUGGGGGCAGUUUAAUCGAUCAUUUUAGGGUGCAUAAGACUUAUGACAUACUGAUUGAACAUUUCUUUUCGCCUUGCAUGAAACGUGAUAUGAAUAAGAUGUACCGCAGUGGUUCUUUGAAAGAAGAUACCGAGCAAGCCCAAAGCUUGAUUGAGGACAUGGCUAAAAACAAUUACCAGUGGCACACUACUAGGAGCAGGAUGGGACGUCAAGGGAGUGUACACCAGUUGGAUGCCACUGCAGCCUUGGCAGCUCAAGUGGAGUUAUUAUCCAAGAAACUUGAUCAACUCUAG